AUGCAUGGAAUCACAUCCGAGGAUUUGUCCUCCCGCGGCUUCGGCCACUCUUCCUCAUCCCCGUCCUUGUUGCUGCACCAGCAGCCGCAGGCUCCGCCACCGCUGAAGCCGCUGUGGUCGCAGCUGCAGCAGUCCCCUCCGCGAGCUCGGUUGCACCUGUAUUUCAUAAGGGCGUGCAUGGGGAUACUCGUGUUGACAUGCCUGAUCCAGCUUGUCACCGUUGGUCAGAUCUGGCACCGUCCUCGCCUCCCAAACCUCGGUGGCAGUCGUGGGCAGUACCAGCUGAUUGGCAGGUCUACGCCGGCUUCCAAUGAGGGAAGCCCCGGUCCGGUUGCUGCAACACCUCCCAUCCUUCCUGCGAGUAAGUGCCUCAUCAUCUCUUCUUCAGCUUGGUAGAGAUAGAAUCUGAAUCCCUUCUACUUUUAAUUACUUACAACACCUGUGACGACGGUAAGUUCUGAGAUUGCCGAAUUGCAUAAAAAGGGAAAGGUAAUGGUUGCCUGAAUAUUUGGAUCGUAUGCAGUGAUUGUGCCCACUUUAGACCAGGGCACAGGCAAAUCGUUUAUUCAUUAGGGAUAUGUUGGGGAUGAAAAGGGUUAGUUUUGGCCUGUAUGGAGUGUUAUUGGAUGUUCUUCUCGAAAUCAUCCUUGAAAAACAAACAGGUAAAGUCUUUCAGUCGUUCCCACCGAAGUAGGACCUGAGAAAAUAUAUAAAUGGAUAAGGAAUCUACUUACUGGAAGAUGGUGCAACGGAAGGUUUCCGCACUAUCUCUCAUCGCAGCAGUACUUCGGAGGUUGGUAUCCAAUACAUGGCCUCAGACCCAGUACAGUCUUUUUACCUUCGUAAGCUUUUUGAUGGCGCUUCAGUGUGCCUAGGUGGGUUCCUUAUCUCCCUGGUGAAAAUUUGGUAAGGCUGUCCGUUCAAUUUUCUUGAUCCCUCAAGAAAUAUUGUAAUGGUGAUCUGUGAUUGCAUUCUGUCAGAUGGGGAUCCAGUUUUGGAUUUUGACGCUGACUCAAUUGUACAUUCAAAUUUACCAGAUUUUGCAGCUUCAAGGCCGAUUGAGAGAUGUUUCUAAUACCAUGUGUCAAAAAUUUCUUGCUUUGGAAUAAGGUCAGAGAGGAAAGGCGUGAGAGAGUGGAUAUUUAUAGAUAAUACUGUCGGACGCUCAUACCACACGAACAGUGUUUCAAUUAUAGUAGUAAACGAAUAUGGAAUAUGAUGGUCUUAGUGCAUCAGUUGGGGUUUCAUGCUGUAUAAAAAGAUUUUUCUAUGAGGGAUGUUACGAGCAUCAUCUUUGCUUAUACCCUACAUUAUCAGAAAGCAGCUUGAUUCAAAUUAAAAUGAAUCAAGCUGGCGAGAACAUCUUAGAGAGAGAGAGAGAGAGAGAGAGAGUGGAGGCUGAAGGUUGGACAUGGCUGGCAACGGCCGUGGUAGAGAGAGCUGAGAGCUAUCAGGAAUGAGGGAAGGAAGAGGGAGGCCAUCCUCGAAGCCCAUUGAGAGAAGAAGAAAGGAUGGAGUCCAAGACCAAAGGAUGCGCGGGGACUGAUAUCCCCCACCGACCACGAAUAGGAAAAUGAACAUUUGGGAGGGCUGAUUGCUCGUUUGAAUUGUUGAUGAAAGGUAGGCUUUAUUGCUAUAAUAUCAUAAGAUUUAGCCAAUGUAUGCGGCCGAAGAGAUCACCAUCCUGAUGAGCGUUGUAGUGUGAAAAAGCGGUCAAGACAUGGCCAAAUCUCUGGAGAGAUGCUACAUGGACUAAUAGAUGACUGGCAAAUUGUCAAUGGAACUGCUGACAUGGGCCUUACCCUGCUGACAUGGGUCUGACCCCACAAUCCUAGCACAUUCAUGAAGAUCUUACCCAUCUGAAUCGAGUUAAAAAUGUCUCAGAAACCUCGACUUAUGACAUGCUAUAUUGUACAUCCUACCGAAAUCAUUAUAUCGAUUCAUUUCUUGGUUGCUAUCUAUAUUUAUUACUUAUAUAAGUAUAUAUAUAUUCUUCAGAAUAAAUAGUCUGGCUAUUGUUUGGUAAUGAGUACUUUGUUUACACUUUUUUUUCGUUAUCUAUAAUAUUUUGACCAAUAAUUUUGCAGAAAUAUACUUGAAUGUAAUCUGUAAGUAGCGAACGCUUCAUCUUAAUUUUUCCCAUGUUAUUUGAUAUUUUGAACAACCAAAUAACUUUUCAGGAAUCUACAAGAGUAAUGGGUAUCUCGAAGUAUCUUGCAAUGGAGGCUUGAACCAAAUGCGUGCAGCAGUAAGUGAAUAGUUCCUGAAUUCUUCGUUCUUCUUUGUUUUCUUCAGAAUUGCUGCUGCCGUCUAAUUUUGUGCUCAUUUAUUUCAGUGCUUUGUUUAUUUUUCAGAUCUGUGAUAUGACGACAAUAGCUCGCUUUUUGAAUCUCACUUUAGUUGUUCCAGAGCUGGAUAAGAAGUCUUUCUGGGCUGAUCCCAGGUAUUUCUCAUCGGCUAAAUAGCUCAUAUUUUCUAACAUUUUAUGGUCUGCAACUAGCAGUAAUUUUUUUUAAUUUACUUGGCAGUGAUUUUGCUGACAUCUUUAAUGUAAGCAAUUUUAUCAACUCACUGAGAGAUGAGGUCCGUAUCAUCAAGAGGCUCCCCAGGAGGAUUAUCGGAAAAGGCUCCCCAGGAGGAUCAUUUAUGAUGCCUCCAGUUAGCUGGUCAAAUGAAACUUAUUACUUGACCCAGGUUAAAGCACACUUGUUUCACUGUAAUUGAAGAUCCAUACAUUUCCGUUUUACUUGCAACGUAUCAAUAGUCAUUUUUAUGUCAGUUUUUGAGAAUUUCGGUCAGUUCUUAAUUCUUGAGAACUGCAUUCUGUCUCGUGGGCUCUUUGAUAGCUUUCCCAUUCUCUCCAUCCUGCUUUCCAAUUGGCUCUCAGAUUCUGAUUCUCAUGCCUCUGUAUCUGCAUUCCGACUGUGCUGAGAGGGUCUCCAUUGUGCAGAUUUUGCCUCUUUUUGGUAAGUAUGAAGUGAUACAUUUUAACAAGACAGAUGCACGGUUGGCAAACAAUGGUCUUCCCAUUGAAUUGCAGAGGCUUAGAUGCCGAGUUAACUAUCAGGCUCUGAGGUUCACCGAUCAAAUUGAGUCAUUGGGGAAUAAACUGGUUCAGAUUCUUCAAGCCAAAGGAUACUUUGUGGCAUUGCAUCUGAGAUACGAGAUGGAUAUGCUGGCUUUCUCUGGUUGUACACAUGGCUGCUCCGAUGAAGAGGCAGAGAUGCUUAAGAGGAUGAGGUUUGUUCUACUAGAUCCCUCUCCUAAUUGUGAUAACACAUUAUGGGAUUAGUAAACUAGAAGAAACAGGGUCUUGAUCUCUGCUAUUAUACAAGUUAGGGAACCCAUCUUUCAGUCCCCUGGAUUCUUGUAUUUCUAAACUGUAAAUGGUGGGAUAAUAUGCAGGAGUAUGAUGAUAAAAGAUCCCAUAGAAAGAACUAUUGGUGGAUGUGACAGCAUUUUGUGCUCUACUAAUUGUUUUAUUUCCAGAAAAAGCUGUGUUUAGUUAUACACGAUGGCUCAUGCUCUAUAUACCUCCCCUUCAGAUAUGCAUAUCCAUGGUGGAGAGAGAAAGAAAUUGCCUCCGAAAAGAAGAGAUUGGAGGGCCUCUGUCCUCUCACACCAGAGGAGGCAGCAUUAAUAUUACAAGCCCUGGGCUUUGGAAGAGAAACUCAGAUCUACAUUGCUGCUGGGGAGAUAUUUGCCAGCGAACUGAGGCUCAAGGCAUUGAAAGCGGCAUUCCCUCAGCUUGUGAGUGUUUUUUUCCAUCCUAAGCUUUAUUAAGGACGAUCACUUGGUCAUCCAGUUUUAGAACGCAUGCAUAUUCUUAAGGGCCUCUUGGAUAAAAGCGGAAAUGAAGUUCAUGUCCAUCCAACGUAAUUUAUAUUUGGGAAAUUUAGCCACUCAAUCCUUGAUGGAAUGCUUUGAUGCAUGUUAACAGUUUCCACAUUUGCUGCUCCAUCAGGGAGAUAUGGGCUCAAAUGGGCUCUCUCGGCCCCAUCACAUGCCGAUCCUAAUGUACUGAGCUUAAUCCAUUGUGGAGCUCAUUUUGUUGACAUUUGAAAACCCUUUUUCAUUCUAUUUUUGGUCCUUGAAUCUAAUCUCUUGGCUAAACAGUGGUUGCAAAAAAAAAUUUUGUUGUCUAGGUAAGAAAGGAAAUGCUUCUUGACCCAGAAGACUUGAAACAAUUUCAGAACCAUUCUUCCCAAAUGGCUGCCCUUGAUUACAUGGUCUCAAUAGCUAGUGAUGUUUUCAUUCCCACCUACAAUGGGAACAUGGCUAAAGUCGUUGAAGGCCACCGCAGGUGCGACCUAGUUCUCUGGUCUUCUUCAUGCAAUCUUGAUGCUAAGCGUCAUCUAGGGGACCUGAUUUAUGUACCAAUUUGUGUAUAUUUCUUCGAAAUCUUUCACAGGUAUCUUGGCUACAGAAAGAGCAUCUUGCUGGAUCGGAGAGAAUUGGUCAGGCUUCUAGACUUGUUUCAAAACCAGACACUCUCCUGGGAUGAGUUUGCUAAUGGAGUCCAAGUGGCUCAUAUGAAUAGGAUGGGGAAGCCUUCCCCUCGCAAUGUUAUACCGAAUAAGCCGAAAGAGGAAGACAAUUUCUAUGCCAAUCCAUGGGAAUGUCUCCGUAAUCCCUCGUAG